AUGGAGAAUUCUUAUAAGGCUAACGGAAUUAGAUCAACUGACAAUGGAUACUCUACUGCAAGGCACUCUUAUCAACCCUCCUUGAAGGUGUCAUUACCUUGGCUGGACAUAAGGGUAUUUUAUGUAAGAGUGUGCAAGUGUGAGCUUGAAGAUUCCACUCCUGGGUUUCUUACAUUGAAUCAUGUUCCUUUGAAUCCGGACACUCUUCUUGAAGUUAAUGGUGUUCGAACAAGUAUAUAUUCUGAUGGGAUGUCAACCCUUCUCAAAAGAGACAGGGUAGAUAGAAAAUCGGAAGAAGUGACCUUUGUAAGCACCGAUAGCAUAAGGAUGAGUGGUAGUGUGAAGUUUGAGGUGUUUGAUAGAGAUGUUCUGCUGCUUUCUGGUGUUUUAGAAUUAUGUAAUACCAAUGGUGCUGUUAGGGAAUCAAAUUAUAGUGGACAGAGGUGGAGCAUGAAAUGUGAGUCAUACAUAAUUCCAGACACUAGCUUCUUUAAGGGGAAGCAAUUGCUAUUACCAGACUCAAGUCUCCCAACGAUUGAGGUCUACAUUGCAGGCUCCUUCUUGGGUACUCCAAUUAUCCUAACAAAAACCUUGCAGCUCUCUCAGAAAAAGCAUGCAAAGAAGGGGGUGUUGGAUGCAAUUCCAGAGCAUGAGGCGGGUGAAAAUGGGAAACAUCCUUCUUCAGCACUUGCUUUGCAGGCCCCAGAUUACCUUCGUGACAAACAUGAAGAUGAAGAUUAUAGCAACCUCUACCCAGGAACAACAUAUGCUGAUGGUGAAGAUGGAGAACUUUCAUGGUUCAAUGCUGGUGUUAGGGUCGGUGUUGGUAUUGGACUUAGUGUUUGUCUUGGCAUUGGCAUUGGAGUUGGCCUGCUUGUUAAAACCUACCAAGGCACCACUAGCCACUUUAGAAGACGGUUGUUCUAA